AUGGCGGAGGAGAAUCAAGAAGCCACCCUAGAGAUGAAACCAAGAGGAAAACCACCACACUUUGUGCUAAUACACGGCAUGAGCUUAGGAUCAUGGUGCUGGUACAAAAUCAAGUGUCUCAUCGAAGUCUCUGGCUACACCGUCACUUGCAUCGACCUAAAAUCUUCAGGCAUCGAUCCUUCCUCUGCUGAUUCUUUAACUUCCUUCGACCAAUACAACCAACCACUCAUCGACUUCCUCUCCUCCUUACCCGAACAAGAACAGGUGGUACUUGUGGGUCACAGUGCAGGAGGGCUUAGUGUAACUAGCUCGAUACAGAGAUUCCCUAAGAAGAUCUGUCUAGCUGUUUAUAUCGCAGCCACAAUGCUCAAAUUAGGGUUUCAGACAGAUGAAGAUUUGAAAGAUGGAGUGCCUGACCUAUCAGAACAUGGUGAUGUCUAUGAGCUAGGUUUCGGUUUAGGACCCGAAAAUCCUCCUACUAGUGCCCUUAUCAAACCCGAGUUCCGACGAAAGCUCCUUUACAACAUGAGUCCUCAACAGGAGUGUGCGUUGGCUGCGUUAAUGAUGAGACCAGCUCCGAUUCUGGCGCUCACAACUGCAAAAAUGGAAGAAGAAAAAGGACAAGAAGAGGAGGAGCAGGUGCCGCGCGUGUACAUCAAGACAUUGCACGACAGGGUGAUGAAACCGGAGCAGCAGGAGGCGAUGAUGAAACGGUGGCCACCGAGCCAAGCUUACGAAAUAGACAGUGACCAUUCACCUUUCUUUUCUAAUCCUUUUGUUCUCUGCGGUUUACUCAUCAAAGCUGCCGUUUCUGUGGGUUCUAUCUAA